AUGAGUGAUUAUAUUCCAAAGCAAGGUGAUAAGAUGAUAUUUAUAAAAAAAUUCUUGCCACCAGAAAAUGAAAAAAUAAAAGCAGGACAUGUACGACUUCGUCCUUCGGCUGAAGAUGUUACAUAUGAAGCACGAGAAGAAGAUGUUGAACAUUAUAUGGAACAUGAAGAACCAUCAACAGCAUGUUCGAUUACCGUUGGCCAUGAACCAGCUGAUAUUGGAUCAUAA